AUGUGGCCCCCGAACGUCGACGAUACGUGCAACUAUAGGUUUGUUUGUUUCUUCGCCACAAUAGCAAAGUUUUUUGUUGCAGCUUCACGGAGCACGCGGCGCUCAACCCGCACGAUCAUUACCACCACCAUCACCACUUUCCGCACUCGACCAUCCAUCACACCGAAUGCUUCCAAACGCUUUCCUGUCCUUCGGAUCUGCCCGUCGAGUCCUCCUACUACCAUCCGAUGCCGCCGACUUUCCAAGGUAUCCUUUGAUUUCUUUUUGAUCUCUUUUCACAUUUGUUUGUUUUUCUUCUCACAAACCAAAGUUUCUCUCAACUUUCUUGUUUUCAGAUCUCGAUCAAUCCGAUUUGAGCCCUCAAUAUUGGUGCGCUGAAGUGGAUUGUGCUCAUGAAACAUGUGCUACGAAAGAGAUUCCGGUCGAGCAGUCGAAGAUCUUCGAUGAGAUUUCCAAAGAAUGUGACCACUUCCUCGUUCCUUCCGAGUGCGAGAAAUGCAAAAUCCAGUAAGUUUCCCUCGCAAUUGUCUCGCACCAAUGGAAUCGUUCGCAGACACGACGAUGGUACUCACGAAACGGUGCCGAUGGACACUCUCAUCGACAUUGUCAUGCAAACCGUCGAGCAGAACACGAAGCUGAACGAGUCGUCUAACGGUAAGUAAGGUGCGAACACGUGACAAUCAAAAACCAAGUGUGUUCAGAAGAAACGAAGAUGCUGUCUCGUAAACGCGAACAGAACAAGGUGGCAGCGGCACGUUACCGUGAUAAACAAAAGGCCAAAUGGCAAGAUCUGCUGAACAUGCGAUCGACCGAAGAGAAGAGGAACGCAAGAUUAAAACAGCAAGCAAAGGAACUGCAGAAGGAGGUCGACGACCUGCGAGCGAAGUUUAUGGCGAAGGCGAUGCAGAAAUGA